AUGAUAUUGAUUCUACUUGCGUAUAUCGGUAUCCUUACUGGAUUUGUGUUUCUUGUGUUGUCCAUUGCUUCUGGACUCUAUUACCUAUCUGAACUUGUGGAAGAGCACACUGAACCCACCAAACGGUUUUUAACCAAAGUUAUCUAUGGAGAUAUGGUAAUACUCUUUUUAUUAUGGGCUAUUGAUGGGUUACCUUUCAAAUUGACCAUGUUCUCCAUCGUAUCAUACUAUGUAUAUUUGCAGAACUUGAAGAAGUUUCCUUAUGUUCAAUUGCUGUCACCAAUCUUCUUGGGCUCAUGCAUAUUGGUUAUAGCCAAUCACUUUCUAUGGUUUAACCAUUUCCAUAAUCCUUAUAUACCACCACUUACAGAGAGAUUAAGAGCAGGCUACGUGCCGCCUGUGAUUCCAAGUUUUGUUGAGGUAUGCUCAUUCUUUGGACUCUUGAUUUGGUUCGUCCCCUUCGCAUUAUUUGUUAGUUUAAGUGCUCACGAUAACUUGCUUCCAACAUUUACUGAAUCAGAAGAGGGAGAACACCGUCAUAAGAAUAACGGGUUGGCAAAGGUAUUGGUAGGACGAUUAAGAGAUACCAUUUAUAACAUAUCAAGACAACUUGGAUAUGAACUUGAUCGGUCAUAUGGUCGAAUAAUUUAA